AUGGAUCUGAAUUUGGACUUGAAUGCCCCUCACUCAAUGGGCACAACCAUCAUCGGAGUUACCUAUAACGACGGUGUCGUCCUCGGCGUCGACUCUCGUACCAGCACUGGGAUGUAUGUUGCUAAACGAGCAUCUGACAAAAUUACACAGCUCACUGAUAACGUCUACGUUUUCCGCUCCAGAUUCGCUGCUGAUUCUCAGGUUGUUUCUGACUAUGUCCGAUACUUCCUUCAUCAACAUACGAUUCAGCUUGGGCAACCUGCAACUGUCAAAGUUGCUGCAAACCUUAUCAGGCUACUAUCCUACAAUAACAAGAACACGCUUGAGACUGGCCUUAUUGUUGGCGGAUGGGAUAAGUAUGAGGGGUAAAAUAUAUGGAAUUCCUCUUGGUGGAACACUGAUCGAGCAACCUUUUGUUAUCGAAGGAUCUGGCUCAAGUUACUUGUAUGGGUUUUUUGAUUAGGCAUGGAAGGAAGGAAUGACAAAGGAUGAAGCAGAGCAAUUAGUG